AUGCUCCAGCGUGCCAGUCAAUUCGUCGCCGCGGAGACUUGGAUGGCCGGAAAGCGGGAGGAUCACAAAAAGGUCAAAUCAGAGCCACCCCGACAGCCACAACCCGCCGCCUCCCGGUGGAGGACUGACAGACCCGAAUCAAGGUCUCCUCUUCCCGCCUUGAAUUCGUCCCGAACCGAAAUUUUCCUGCACGAGAAGGGGAAGGGGCUGCUCAAGGACCCUCACCCGAUGAGGAACCCACGGGAGCUCGCGGACCGUUCAAGGUAUUGCCGAUUCCAUCGACAGCACGGGCAUGAUACUGAACAGUGCUACGAGUUGAAGAGGCAAAUCGAGGAGCUUAUCCUCAGAGGACACCUCGGCCAGUAUCUCCGGCCGAACAAGGAGCGGUCACCUCGACCGGAGGGCCCCGUCGAGUGGCACAUCGAUGUGAUAGCCAGGGGCCCUGCAUCUGGGGGAGGCUCCAUGUCGGGCAGAAAGGCGUAUGCCCGAGCCGCUCCUGACGAAACCGCGGGACACGAGCCCGAGCCCGAGAUUACCUUCCCGACCGGAGCUUCCGAUCGCCCCGACCAUGACAACGCCUUAGUGAUAUCGGCCAGGGUAGCCAACGCGCAAGUGAGGAAGAUCAUGGUCGACACAGGGAGCUCGACCGAUAUACUUUACUUCGACGCCUUCCAGAAGCUGGGUUUGGCCAAAGAAAAUCUGAGCCCGAUGUGCUCGACACUCACCGGCUUCACGGGAGAUUCAAUAUCACCCCUGGGAGUUGUUACUUUGCCCUUGACUCUGGGGACUCCGUCGAGGUCGAAAACGGUGAUGACCACAUUCUUGGUGGUCGACCUUCCCACCGCCUACAAUGCCAUACUCGGCCGGCCGACCCUCAACAAGGUCAGGGCCGGUCGUCUCCACCUACUACCAGACCAUCAAGUUCCCAACUCAUGCGGGAGUCGGGGAAGUCACGGGAAGCCCCCGAGAGUCUAG